GUGAAAGACGCCAACAGGAGACCCCUUCCAUCGCCCUGGCACCGUGGUGGGGGAAUGGAGCUGCCUGAGGCAGAGGACAAUGUGGAGUUCCUGGAGCGGCUGAUGGAGGUGACCUCGCGCAGCCUGCCCCAGCUGGAGCUGCAGGAGCAAUACACCAUCCUCAAGGAACUGGGCAGCGGCACCUACGGCAACGUGCUGCUGGCAGAGCACCGGGAGCGAGGUGAGGGCAGGCCAGGCCUGGGCAUCCGCAGGCGCCCUGGUGCUGCAGCUGAAGCCCAACUGCGGGAGUACUGCAUUGCGCUCUGCCUGUCUGCCCACGCCGGGUUCCUGCGCACCCUGCCCGUUGCCUUCGAGAGCCCCACUCACUUUGCCUUCGCCCAGGAGCUCGCGCCCGCAGGGGACCUGUGUGCCAUCGUGCGUGACGGGGAGGGCCUCCCAGAGGCCCUGGUGAAGCGCUGCGCAGCCCAGCUGGCCGAGGCCCUGGACUUCAUGCACGGCAAAGCCCUGGUGCACCGGGACAUCAAGCUGGACAACGUGCUGCUCUUCGACAGCGAGUGCCGGCGGGUGAAGCUGGGCGACUUUGGGCUGACGCGGCUGGAGGGCACGCCCGUCUGCGCCAUGUCGGGCACGCUGCCCUACGCGCCGCCCGAGCUCUGCCUGCUCGAGGCCUCGGAGACGCUGGAGCUGGACGCCAGCCCCGGCGGUGAGACAGCUGGGUACCGCGCCCACGCCCCUGAGGGCUUUGAAACACGACCACGGCACAGGCCCCAGUAUGGCCCAGCCCGACGGGAG